AGAAGGGUGUCUUUGUGGAAUAAGAGUGUCAAACAAAUGUUUUGCUUUUUGGCCUUUCUGGACCAUUAAGAGGCCCUCAGAUGAUGGCUAAAGGGAAUGCUGAGAAGCAUCUGGUGGAGUUACCUCCAAUUCAUCUGGUCUGGGCAGGGCUGUGGUGUGGUACUGACAAACAAAGCAGCUGAUCUGCUGCUGCUCCUCCUCCUCCUGAUCAGUCUCUGACAGCUCUACUUUGGGAGGAGGUUAGUCAGACAAGCCUCACUUAAACUCCGAUGCAGAAGCUCCAUUUCACAGGCAUGAGAACUUUCACCAUUCUCAGAGAACUCGGCGCUUUUCUCCAGAGCUGCUUCAGAUGUGACACAUUUCCUAUAAGAAAAAUGCUUGCGUGUAGGAAAUAGCGUGGAGAUAAUGCCAACCUUCUGUGAUUACAAGUACUGAUAAUCAUAUAAAGCAAAUAUAGAGAUAGUGAAAUGGCAGAAUAAAGAAUAUGUCCGCUGAGCUAGCAGACUGCAGAACAUGGGGAGUCUUCCAGAAGAGGUGAUGGUCAAUAACACUCAGAACUGCAUCACUGAUCAUAGCAUACAUCAGAUGUUAUCACCCGUGAUAUACAUACUUGUCUUUGUAGUAGGACUCCCAGCCAAUUGUCUCUCAUUGUACUAUGCUUACUUGCAAGUUAAGGUCAAGAAUGAACUAGGAAUAUACCUUUGCAAUCUAACCAUAGCAGAUCUACUUUACAUUUUCUCUCUACCUUUUUGGCUGCAGUAUGUUUUGCAGCAUGAUAACUGGACUUACAAUGAACUCUUAUGCAAAAUUUGUGGCAUCCUCCUUUAUGAAAACAUUUAUAUCAGUGUGGGUUUUCUCUGCUGUAUCUCCAUUGACCGUUACCUUGCCGUGGUGCAUCCUUUUCGUUUCCAAAAGUGCCGUACAAUGAAGGCUGCUGUGGUGGUGAGCACUGUCAUCUGGACUAAAGAAAUUGUGACUUGUUGGCUGGUUUUUAGACAUGGAGAAGUGAGUAAAGACUCGGAGAGCCACGUAGUGUGCUUUGAGCAUUAUCCCAUAAAAAACUGGGAACAUAACAUAAACUUUUACCGCUUUACAGCUGGUUUCCUAUUUCCAUUUUGCCUCCUUAUUUUUUCCUACUAUGGAAUUCUACGUGUUGUCCGGAAGAGUCACGGUACUCAGAAAAAGAGGAAAAUUCAAAUUAAACGCCUAGUUUCAAGCACAAUCUUAAUUUUCUUAAUUUGCUUUGGACCAUAUCAUGUUCUUUUGUUAAUACGCAGCCUAUUUGAGAACAGCUGUGAAUUUGCUGCCAAAAUCUUUAACAUCUAUCAUAUUUCUCUUUUGUUGACCACUUUUAAUUGUGUUGCAGAUCCCAUACUAUAUUGCUUUUCAAGUGAAAAUACCUACCAGGAUUUUGCCAAAAUAAGAGGAUCUUGUUUAAAAUGCCUAAGAUGUAUUCCAACAGAAAACAAUGAAUCCUAUCCAUUAAAUACUCCAGAAACCACAAAAAAAGACAGUGAACAAGCUGAUCUGAACACAGGAUGUAUUAAAUGAACUCUAUGUUAUUCUUAAAAUAGAAGAAGUAUGAACUGAGUCUUUCUCACUCAAAUAGUGAUAUAAUUUCUCCAUGUGUGGACUUGCUCACUUCACUUUUUUACAUCUAAGUGUAGAUAUGAGAAUCAUUACAGCCUGUAAAAUGGUUCAUAAUUUAAAAAUACAGUUAAAUCUGCUAUAUCGGCAUUCUUUCCAUGUGGAGAAUUCCUUGCUUCCUUUAAAAAAACCAGCUUCAUUCAAUUCAGAACUUCACCCCAAUGUGUUAGUUAUGCAAAUUAUAUUAACUUUGAAGUUUAUAAGCUAUUCAGAUGCAUACUCUUUGGAUAAAAAUAAUAUUCUAGAUUUAAAUACUGUAUUCUUGGAAAGUAGAUGUCAAAACAUAUUUUUAUAAUCAUGUGUUAAGUCUACCAACUAGAGUGUGUCAUAAGGUCUGAAAUUAUUCAAAUCCCUUCUACUAUAUGAGGUAAACAUGUACAUGGUUCACACAUUGUGCUAAGCAACUGGUAUGUUUUCAAAAACUAGCCAUACCAAUUUUUAUUCAGCAUCUUGUGAAAACCAAGCUUAUGCGGUUGGUUUAUAGUUAGGAGUGUCAUGCAAAUCACACAACUAGGUUAAUUUUUAAUAAUCCACAACUAAGUCAAUUAUUAGUAGCCUAAUAUAAACAUAAUACAGUGUAUUUGAUUUCAGCUCAGUAUAUUGUAUGAAUAUACAUACAAUACUGUGGUUUAUUCCUGACCAAUAUUGGAACUCAGUCAACUGAAGCUUAUUUAAAAACUACCUUAAACAAACAAAGCCAUAGCAAGAUAUGUGGAAAAAUAAUUAAAUGCCCGUCAGAGGCAUUUAAGAAAAAUAAAGAAAAAAUAGUAUUUAUUUAUAAUUAGUGUUAUUUCUUCAUUAUACUAUUAAUGCAAAAUAAGCAGAAAAACUUAGUUUUGUAACAUUUGUACAUAUCCUUUGGAUUACGUUUAAGGAAUUAAUUUGAUAACUACCAAACCAGCUAUAGCAGUAAUCUUAUGUUUGUAAAUGUUUGAACUAAAAUGUUACGGUUGUUAAUUCAAACACUUCAGUCAUGUUUAGAUCAGAAUUAUUGUUGAUUUCUCAAACAAAAGCAAUGAAUAUUAGGAAUUUUAGAGAGAAUAGUAAACAAAAUGGGAGGUGUAAUGCUUCGAUGUCAAUCUAUGUUAAAUCAAACUUGUUAAAUCAUGUGGUCCAAAAUAAAUGCAAAUAGAACACAAGAAAAACUGAAGCUGAAACAAAUUGCAUUGCUGAGAUGUAUUCUGCUCCAAGGAAGACUUACCGGUAGUUUGUUUAGGUCAACACUUAGUUUAUUAGUAGUUUUAUGCAACAAAAUUCUAUACUAAGCCAAACAGACAUGCAUUUAUUUGUUGGUUAUAUUUUGCUUUACAUGGAAUCUUUAUACAAUAGUUCUUUCUCCAAUUUAAUGUGUUUCUUAAGUCAGGGGGCAAAAUUCUCUGAAUAUAAUAGUACUGAGUAAGAAUGAAUAUGCAAAUGGUUUGGCAUUUGUUAUUGCAACAGAAAUGGUGAUGGUACUCUAAAGCAGACAUAGCUGAAGACGAUUAAAACUUUGAUCUGACUGCAGUGUAACAAUGAUUAAAGUAAGAAGUCAUAACCUAACUUGUGCGUCAUAUAGUUGUGGGAGGUCCAUUCUAAGCAUUCUUAUAAAACAUUAAUUUUGAGAAGUUGGAAAUUGCACCGGUUUGUAAUUUAAUCUAAUCUCAUUGAUCUAAUUGAGUUCACUGGAAUAUGCUCAGCUAUAAGUUUACAGAAUCACAACUAAUUUUCUAUUACUAAAUUUGCAUUCACAAAUCAAAAUAACUUCAACAGCUGUAAUAGAAAUGGUCAAUGUCUAAUUUCCAGCCCAGAAUUUAAAUGGACUUCUGCUAUCACAUAAUAAAAAUGUAUAUAAAAUAUUUAUUUAUGGACUGAUUUGGAGGCAAUGAGGUGAGCUGUUAAUGUAUCUCCUUUCUUCUGGUCACUGCCACAGUUUUUACUAUUUCUCUUCUAGCAUUUCACCUCCCAAAUCCCAAGAUCUUUCUUUGCUCUCUGCUAACUUCUAAGAUCAAGCUUGAGUAUGUUAGUGUCUGUCUAAUUUAUAAUCCCUUGUUUAAAGCUGCAUUUCUGAGUUAAGAAACCCUGGUUCUACAAUUUCGAUAUUUAACUGUAUACUGUUACUUCUCUUGAGCUGCUUCUCUUUCUGUUGUUCUACCUCAUCCACUUCGCAUAAGCACAACAUCCUACCUCAAUAUAAAAUGGGAUAAUUUUAGAACGGGAUGUGAUGGGGUAUUUUAUGAGAGAGAAAAGUGUUCUGAAUGUCCAAGAAUUCAAUUAUUUCAACAGUUUUUUAAAAAGUCUUAAGUCAAUUUCAACUUCUAGUUUUUUGGACCCAUACCAUAAGCACAUAAAAAAAUAACAAGGAUUCACAUGUUCUGAUUUAUGUGGCGAUAGAAAAGGGCAGAUAGGAACUAAGUUGAAUUGAUGCAAAUACAAAAUAGAGCAAAAAGGACAAGUAUAAAAAGUGGAAAGAGGGGCACAUAACUAAGGCAGAAUAUCAGCAAAUAGCCCAAGCCUGCAAAGAUGGAGUGAGGAAAGCUAAGGCUCAAAAUGAACUAAG